AUGUUGCAUAGGGUACGCAUAAGCACUGGAGAAGAGGAAAUAUAUACUUAAAAAUUAUCAGGCUCAGCGUGAAGAAAGCAUUGGUUUUCAAUGCAACUAUGAAUUAAGCCAAAAAAAAUCAGCAUGACGGAAGCAUUCCCAGAAGCAACGACUGAAUUCAUUUAUGAUGAAUAUGCUUUUCUCUGUGAUAAAAUUGAUAUCCAGGAAUUUGGGAAAGUAUUUCUGCCAAUAUUUUACACUGUAGUGUUUGCCCUUGGCCUCUCAGGGAAUCUGCUGGUCGUUUUUGCCAUCGUGAAAGAAGGCAGUAUAAAGAGCAUCACUGACAUUUAUCUCCUGAACCUAGCAGUCUCAGACCUUCUCUUUGUGAUCUCCCUUCCCUUCUGGGCUUACAGUGUGGUGCAUGGAUGGACCCUCGGGAAUUUUCCAUGCAAAGUUGUUUCUUCACUGUAUUAUAUUGGUUUCUUUGGAGGCAUGUUUUUUAUCACUGUUAUCAGUAUUGACAGAUACCUGGCUAUUGUCCGGGCAACAUAUUCUCUGAAAUCCCGAACAACGAACCAUUGCCUUCUUAUAGUUUUUGGAGUAUGGGUAAUGGCAAUUUUAGCUUCAGUGCCACAUUUUCUGUUUACUCAAAAGUUAGAAACCAGCUGCAUUUCUGUGUACCCUGAUGAGCUUAAGAAUAUCUGGACGGUGUUCUGCAAUGUGGAAUUGAACACCCUUGGGUUUUUUAUCCCAGUCUGUAUCAUCUGCUAUUGCUACUUUGGGAUCAUCAAAAGCCUGAUGUCCUGCAAAAAUCAGAAAAAGACACGAGCCAUAAAACUGAUCUUGAUUGUGGUGGUUGUGUUUUUUCUCUUUUGGUCUCCCUACAAUGUGCUGAUUUUUCUAGAAACUUUAAAGCACUAUGACUUUUUUGUAAGUUGCAACCAAGUUAAAUCUUUGGACUAUGCCAUGCACCUGACUGAAACUGUUGCAUUCAGUCACUGUUGUCUCAAUCCUAUUAUCUAUGCUUUUGCUGGGAAAAAAUUCAGGAAAUACCUUUAUCAAGUCUGCUUGAAGUACUGUCCAUUCAUGUGUUUCUGUGGGCCCUGCAACUGCUACCAGGUAAGUUCUUCCACUAGUUAUUCAGAAAGCAUCGUGAACAGCAACAUAACCGUAAACACCAAUGACCGGGAUGGCUCUGUCUUCCUCUGA